AUGAGUAAACGUCAAAAUUAUACUAAAUCUUUUUUAUCGAGUAGUAAUCUUAAUAGAGAGUUACGAGUUAUGGAGCAAGAUAUAAAAUUUGAUAGAGAGAGGGUGAAACUUACUCACCAAUCUCCAAUUAAGAAAUUAAUAAAGAAAACUAACAGAGAUUUACAGAAAAUUGAUCAAGAAAUUGCAAGUAUAUCAAAAGAAUUGAGUGAUUCUGAUGACGAAUAUCUCAAUGAAACGAUUCCAAAGACUCCAAAGGAAAGAAGUCGUUACUUUCAGAAUAUAGAACCAGCUGAAGCAGAGAUAGUACGUUCUUCAAUCAAAGAAGCUCUCGAUAUUCCAAAAAGAUCAAAAGAAAAUUAUAACGAAAAUUCAAAUCGAAGUCAGCUUAACUUAAACAUAAAUACAUCUGUGAGUGGGUCUGAUUUUCCUAAAUCUACAAGUAAUUUAUCUCUUUCAGACUUAGAAUCACAAAUUCAUUUAAAUCCAAAAGAUGAAGAAAGAAGAACAAAAAUGCUAAGACUAUCAUAUACUACUAAUGCCUUAUCAGCUACACAAGUUCGUUCACAGAUUCCCAACCAGACAGAAAUGAGUUUACAAGAUUUGCAAUCAAAAUCGAUGAAAAGAGCUAAAAGACAUACUCGAACUAUUGAUGACUUCAAUUCAAAGUCUACAUUGUCUGAUACAGUCCGCAAACCAUAUCAACCCCCAUCUCCAGGAAAAAUAAAACAAAUUGAUGAUAUAUUUCUACUUUCCUAUGAUCCAAUACUUAAAAUUACAUAUAAGCAAUGUGCGACUAAUCUCUGCGAAGAUUGUGACGAUUUGAUUGCUAAACUAUCCCAAUAG